UUGCCAAGACCUCUGAUAAAACAGCUCCAUAUUUUGUUCAGCCAGAACUUUGCCAUCAGAGGUAAAUUACAGCAAGAAGAGAUGUUACCCUACUGGAUAAGCAUUCUACUCACAUUGUCCUUCGCCACAGCUUCGAAUGGAUGGCCUUUGGAGGAGCUGAUCCGAAACGGAACAAAGUUAGAGUGGACAUAUCACCGCGGUGGGGUAAAAUACUACAUGACGCCCGACAUGACAGCGGAUGUCAUCGACUCGGCGCGGCAACGUUUCAAUGCAACCCACACAAUCAGCGAUGGCUCCUCAACUACAAGUAUCCGACCAUCCACCACCCAACCGACCAUGCCGGGAACCACGACGCCAAGUCCGGAAAUGAUGGAAACCGUUUUCCAAAUCGACGUAUUACGAUACGUGUCCUUGGUGGGAAACGUUUUGAAAGAUCAGGCAACCAGGACGACCUUCAAACUCAUCCCGGUGGAAGGAGGGGACAAUCAAUUUCACCUGUUUUACAAUGGUGACACAUUUGUGGCACCGAGGACAAGACCACCAUUUGAAUUGGGGGCAAUUAUACCGGGGCAAUUAUAGACGCGAACUCAACAAUUUACAAAAA